AUGUCGACACACACGUACCCUUUCCACCAGGUGGACGUGUUCACCGACACGCCUUACUUCGGCAACCCGGUCGCCGUUGUCAACUGUCUCGACGCCUCACUUCCCAUACCUAGCCAAGAGCAGAUGCAGCGCUUCGCUCAAUGGACCAACCUCGCCGAGACGACUUUCCUCCUGCCACCUACCGCUGGAACGCAGGCCGACUACCGCCUCAAGAUCUUCACCCCGCUCGAGGAACUUCCGUUCGCCGGUCACCCCACACUCGGCAGCUGCCACUCGUUCCUGCGCCACCUUGGCGCCUCUACAUCCUCGGCUUUGGUAGCGGAGCGCGAUGGGAAGCUCGUCCAGGACUGUGCUAUUGGCCUUGUCGCUCUCCAGGUCUCCUCCGACGCUAGCACGGUGCGAUUUCGAGCCCCCGAGUUUCUCCGCUACGGGCCCGUCGAUCCCGCGAUCGUUUCCCGCCUCGCUAAAGCGUUCUGCCUGUCCGAGAGCGACAUCGUCGACACGCACCACAUCGACAACGGCCCGAGAUGGAUCGGCGUCAAGCUGAAAUCGGCACAACAGGUGAUCGACAUCGACAUCAACUCGCCGCGCUGCGAUACGGCCUCCAUCCGCGAUCUCGAUCUUAACGUGGGCUUCCUCGGCCCGUAUGCAGGCGGCAAGAAUGCACAGGGCGAGAGCGUGGCACACGAGAUCCGUGCUUUUGCGUUCGAUGAGUACAUGAAAGAGGAUCCGGUCACGGGCUCGCUCAAUGCCGGGUUCGCCAAGUGGCUCGAGGCGAGCGGCAAGAGUCCGUCAGACGCAUACACCAAUUCGCAGGGAACGGCCAUCCGGCGGAAGGGCAGGGUCAGUAUCAAGAUCGAUCGCUCAAAGGGAGAGAAAGACAAGCCGGAGAUUUGGGUCGGUGGUGCUUGCGUUGUUUGUGUUGACGGCGUCGUUCAUGUAUAG